AUGGCGCCGCAAGAGGAGGAUAUCUCGGCAAUCGUGCCGCAAAUCGAGACAGAUGGUGGUGAGGUGUCUCCAAAAGCACCGGGGCAGGCAUCGCCAAAGGCCAUGGAAGAAGGGGAGAAGGCCAAGGAGGCAAUGUACUUCCCAUUGUGGAAACUGGCCUUGGUGGCCUUGCCCCAGCUUGGAGUUCAAGUGACAUGGUGCUUUAUUGGGCCCAAUGCAGCACCAUACAUGGGCUUUUUGGGAGUUGGUGCUUCACUGGCCACUCUGAACAACAUUGCUGGGCCAAUCACUGGCUUCUUCACUGGUCCCCUAGUGGGUGCAUGGUCUGAUCGUUUGACCUCACCGUAUGGGCGCCGUCGCCCCAUCAUUCUGGCGGGACUCGUGUCGACCUGGGUCGCAGGAAUUUUGUUUGCAGCUGCAGCUCACAUAUUCACGGACAACACCGCGAAGAUUGCAUUUGCUGUUCCAAUGUAUUGGGUGAUGGAUGUCACGAUCAACAUUCUACAGACUCCCUACCGGGCGCUGGUGUCAGACCUAGCGACCAAAGAGCAACAGGUUCCCAUGCAGGUUAUUUUUGUCUUCUUCAUGGCCAUUGGGAAUAUGAUCGGCUACUCCAUUAUGAAGAUAUGGGAUGUGCCAGCUCACCACAUGCUCAAGCUUAUGCUGAUAAUUUGUUCUUUGAACACUGUGUGCAUUGCAAUCCAGUUUAUGGUUGCGAAGGAGGAGCCGCUGAAACGCAGGGACGGGGAGAAGAGCUCCUGUUGCAGCCCUGUGAUCAGUGUCUUCAAAUCCCUGCGAGGCAUGCCCCGGUUGCUGUACCACUUGGCCUUCGUACAGUGCUUGGUGUGGAUUGGAAACACUGCUUGGACGUACUAUUCUUCACAGUGGUUCGCAGACUCCGUCUACCAAGGUGCUCAGGACGGGAAUCCAUUCCAAAAGCAGCGUUAUGCCAUGGGCAUGGAUGCUUUCAGUACUGGCGGGCAGCUGAGGUCGGGUUUACAGCUGAUUUCGGCACUGGUGAUCAUUGCCAUUCUCAUGAAGACCAAGCUGCGUCCUCGUCUUAUCUAUGCUCCGUGCAUCCUCAUUGGUGCUGUUGUGAGCUUUCUUGCUGGCUUUGUGGUCGGCCACAACGCUGUGUUUGCCAUGCUUUGCUUCAUCUUCUCGAUCAUGCCAGAGACAGGAUCAUUUGCUAUCCCCUUUGGCUUGGUCGCCACUCUCAACAAACGUGCUGAAGAGGAAGGAAAGCAAGUGAGCACUGCCCUACAAAUGGCGCUUUUGAAUUGUUGUGUGACUGUCGGACAGCAAGUCUGCCACAUGGUGUUGGCUGCCAUAGAGGAUCAGUUGCCACUCGAGAAGGCUUUGCCUUGUGUCUUUAUCCUGGCAGGAGUCGCCCACACCUUGGGGGGCUCCUCAGCCCUUUGUUUGGAUGACAAGCCCGCUGAGUGA